AGUAGAACAAAAACUUUUUUCAUUUUAGCACAUUCUCAUUAUAAAAUUCCUUUAGAGCAAUAGCAAAUCUUAUUCGAAAAUGCAAAAAGUUGUAAUUUGGAUGUUGCUGCUAUGUAAAACAGUUUAUGGUUUUAUGAUCACGAUUGAUGCCCAUGAAACUGCUUGUUUUCAUGAUAAGGCACUGACAAAGGACAAGAUAACAAUACGCUUUGAGGUGAUGGAGGGCGGUUUCAAAGACAUUGCCAUCCAUAUUACGGAUCCCAGUGGCCACACACUCUUCCAAUCCGAGUCGGAGACAAGUGGCAGCUACACGUUCGCAGCCUCAGAGAAGGGAAAGUUCAAGCUCUGCUUUGACAACGAACGCUCCACGCUCACUCCAAAGCUGUUAAUGUUCCACUUCACGGUUAUUCAUGAGCUGAGCCACUACAUUGAUCAGAACAAGCGGGCCGACGAUGUCAUCGAGCAGUCAGUGCUCCAGGAGAACAUCAAUGCGCUCUCUGGCCAACUGAUGAACAUCAGACACGAGCAGGAGUAUAUGCAUGUUCGGUACUCGGGACACGCUCAGAUCAGCAAAAGUGUUCACUUUCGGAUCGUGGCCUGGUCGAUCUUUGGUCCCUCGCUGCUGCUGCUGAUGACCAUCGUAGAGGUUUACUACCUUAAGCGCUUCUUCGAGGUGCGACGAGUUGUUUAGUGUUGUUUAGGCGAUAAAUAAAGAUAACUUUCUGUUGCGUAUUGAA